UCUAUUCCCAACACACUCCAACUGAUGAACGCUGCAGAUGAGGCUGACCUGAUGUGAGACACAUAAAGCUGCUAUAAACAGUACUCACUACGUAUGUGACCGGCAGCCAUCUUGAAUUCAUAAGUCAGGGAUGAUGCGGUUGCUCCGAGUUUUCCGAGUUGGAAAAGCGUUCGAGUUUAAACUUCUGACUGGGAACUGGGGAUUUCCGACCUCCGAGUACAAAACGAACGCACCGUUACACACUCACUGGACCUGCAUGUGUGCUCAGUGUUGUCAGUCUUGAAUCAGAUUGUGAAUCUGAACUGGCUCCUGAGGUGCAUCGUCUGGUCACAUGAUCAAAUAGAGACUGUUAUCAUCAGCCAUCACUGCAGACAGUAAGACAUCAUUUAUCUAAAGGUUAUUUUGAUCAGUUAAUUCAUAGUUGUUAUAGUUUACAUAGAGGACAUACAGCCCCCCACCCUACAGACCCCUGUAUUCACGCCCCUGGAUUCAGUAUGUUCUCGCGGUUUUAAUUUUGACCCUCUCGGCCUUCCGUACCUGCGCCGCCUUGGAGCAGCUGUCAGAGGAGCUGCUGUCAAAGCAGUGCUAGCUCAGCCGGCUAGCUUGCACCUUUGAGAGGGUAAAAACCAAACAUGGCGGGUGUGCACCCCCAGGACGACCUGCUGAAAAUGACACACAGAGAGAACUGGAAGGUGCAGCAUGAGCGCCUGCACGUGAAGCACAGGGGUCACGAGGCCAUGCACGCAGAGAUGGUGCUGAUCCUCAUCGCCACGCUGGUGGUGGCUCAGAUCGUCCUGGUGCAGUGGAAGCAGCGGCACCACCGCUCCUACAAUCUGGUGACGCUGGUCCAGAUGUGGGUGGUUCCUCUUUACUUCACCAUCAAACUCUACUGGUGGAGGUUUCUGUCCAUGUGGGGCAUGUUCUCCGUCGUCACCAGCUACGUCAUCUUCAGAGCCACUCGCAAGCCGCUGUCCUGCAGGACACCCAGGAUGGUGUACAAGUGGUUCCUGCUCAUCUACAAGCUGAGCUAUGCAGUGGGCGUCCUCGGCUACAUGGCCAUCAUGUUCACCAUGUUCGGCUUCAACGUCUUCUUCAGGAUCAAGGCAGAGGACUCCAUGGACGUAGGUGUGAUCAUGCUGUUUUAUGGGCUUUACUACGGCGUCAUGGGACGAGACUUUGCUGAAAUCUGCUCCGACUACAUGGCUUCUACAAUUGGGUACUACAACAAAGGAGGCAUGCCCAGCAGGAGUCUGACCAACGACAUCUGCGCGGUGUGCGGACAGAGGAUCCUGGUGGACGUGGAGGAGGAAGGGUUUAUAGAAGACACCUACCAGCUCUCCUGUGGACACAUAUUCCACGAGUUCUGCAUCCGCGGCUGGUGCAUUGUGGGAAAGAAGCAGACGUGUCCGUACUGCAACGAGAAGGUUGACCUGAAGAGGAUGAUGAACAACCCCUGGGAGAAGACACAUGUCCUGUACGGGCAGCUGCUUGAUUGGCUCAGGUACCUUGUUGCCUGGCAACCCAUCAUCAUCGGUAUCGUCCACGGGAUAAAUUUCUCCCUGGGCCUGGAAUAGAGCCCUGAGGAACACCGGAGUCAAGAAAAAAGUGCUGUAUAAACAUCAGCGCUGUGAGGACCUGACUCAGGCUGCUUCUGAAGUCUUUAGUUUCCUCAGCACAUGUUGUUUGACUGAACGCUUGCACAGUUUCCAGCAGACUGACCCAGGUGGUCCGGGUGUCUGCGUGCAGAGGACGCCGCGACGCCAAAAACUGCUGCCGACUUGAACAGAAAUAUUUAAGCACAGAUACAGUGUUCGAUCAUUUCAGAACGUUUUGACACAAGGAAGAUGGAAACGUCGCUGUCAUGCAUGUUGUUUUUAUUGUAAUAAGUCAUUGCUUUUCUUUGUACUGUAUCAUCAGAAUGCCUUUUUAAACCGUUUGUAGGUUGCUUGCACACUGCUGGCUCUGCUGACACCACUAACUAACACGACCAUGAUCUGCAGAUCAAAUUACAAAAUGGACGGUUCUGUCCAGAAAGCUGUGGUACACAUGACCUGUUUACAUUUCAUGUUGCUGUGUUUAUUACAGAAGUUUUAUUUGAAAUGUCUGUACUGUGAAGUCCAGUUCAGACCAAAGAUUCAUGACGAGACGAGUCGAAACAAACACCUACUGUCAACGCUCCGUUCUGUAACGUAGCAAAAACCUGCCGGCUUGAGUCGAGCUCAGACCACGAUGAGACGGCGUAUCAUCUCUCGUCUGUACUGUAAAACAGUUUUGUCUUGUCAUGAAUCUUUGGUCUGAACUGGACUUUAUGAUUUUAUUUGUAUGAAGCUAAGAUUGAUGACGACUUGUUGUAGCAGGUGGAGUCAGAAUGUCACUGUAGACCGAAUCACCAUGAUUAGGGGUGGGAAUCUUUGGGCACCUUACGAUUCGAUUACGAUUACGAUUCAGGGGCUACGAUUCGAUUAUAAAACGAUUAUUGAUGCACCUUUGAUUUAUGUAUAUUGAUGCACUUU